AUGCUUUCAUUUUUUUCUCUUUCUCUUCUUCCACCCACUUUCUCCGUCUGUUGUUGUUUUCUUCACUUUCUCCUGUUCUACCUACUUCCUCUCAACGUUGUUUUUCUCUUUCUCCUCUUCUCUUCACUUUCUCUCAGUCUUGUUUUUUUUCUCUAUCUCUCUCCCCUCUUCUCCCCACUUUCUCUCAACGUUAUUUUACUCUCUCUGCCAACUUCCUCCGUCCAGUGUUUUUUCUCUCUUGCUCCUCAUCUCCCCACUUUCUCUCAGUGUUGUUUUUUCUCCUUCUCAUGUUAUUUCACUCUUUGUCUGAUCGUUGUUUUUCCUCUCUCGCUUCUCUCUUCCACAAUUCCUCUGAACGUUAUCAAAUACCUAGGCCGGUCGCAUCAGGACAUUGUAAACCACAAUAGCAAAACGUUUCUGAUUAACAUUCUUUUUCUUUUUUUUUUUCAUUGCUUAAAACAUGGAUUAGCAGCACCACUAUCACCUCGCCUCUCCAUUUCGAGAAAAAACAAACUUUUUUUGUUCGUCAAUCCGUUUAUUUUCCUUCGUUUUCUUUCACCCCCUCUUCUUCUUCCACUUUCUUUCAAGAAAGCAUGUAUACUCUCUCCGUGCGUACUUUGUCUUUCUCUCAUUUAUCAAGCACUUUCAGUUUGCUAUCAACUUCUUUUUGUCUUAAAUCCUUUGUCUGCUGUUUUCUCUACUGUUGUCAAGUUACCGUGUCCACUCGAUUAA